UCUUCAUUUAUACACUUGUAUUUUUCUACUUGUUCUGAUUAGUACUGAGUGACUGAGUGGUUAAGCGCUUGGCUUCAGAACCUGGGGUCCUUGUUUUGAAUUUCGGUGAAGACUGGGAUUUUCACCUUCGGGAUUUUUAGCUUGCCCCUGAGACCACACAACUGUAAUGAGUACCUGACUUUAGUUGUGAAAAGUAAAGGCGGUUGGUCGUUGUUUUUGGUCACAUGACACCCUGCUCGUUAACCGCUGACCAAAGAAACAGAUGACCUUAACAUUAUCUACCAUUUAAAUCGCAUGUUCUGAAAGUGGAACUUUACUUUUGCUAUAAUAUCUUUGCACGUGACUGAAUAUUGGGCCUACUAAAGUCUAUAUACAUGAGUAUUUUGUUAUAUUUCGUAAGAUCUUUGAGGAAGACUUCGACAGUUUUAUUUAUCCUUUUUGAAAAUGUGUUUAAGUUCCAGGAAUAGAGUUUGUACUAGCUACCAGUAUAUCUAAUGGGCCUCUUCCAAACGAAAUUUGAUUAUGGGACACAUGAAACUGCCGUCUUUAAAUCAGAUGACGUCGCGGAAGUAGAAAACCAAAAACGCGAAUGUCAGAAAGAUCACACAAAAUAUAUUCCAGUAAAUGAGCUUCUUCUAGAGAAAUUACCAGCAGGCUAUCGCGAGCAAAAUCUUUUCGAUCUGAUUCAAUGCAUGGCAGAGCUGACAGUGAGAAUAACUGUCAAAUUUUGCAGUGCAAAGAGAAGAAAGUAUUGGAUGGGAACAGAAGCUGAGUACCCGGGCUAUAAAGAUCGAGGAAAAGAAAGUCGACUCAUUGGAAGCGGUCAAAUAUGUGAUGUGUUAAAGGUCGAAAACGGCGAGAUGAAGUGCCCUUGUGAUCAUUGUAAGGGGGCUAACUCUGAGAAGCGAGAUGUCUGGAACAUUCACGUGUUUACCGCGACUCACGUGGUCUAUGACUCCGAUGAAGCAGAGAAAUCUGAAAUAAAACUUUUUUACGAAGGUAACGAUGGCAGAGGAAAUAAAACAUUUUACGGGGUUGGUACUAUCUGGUCUAAUGCAAACGGCGACCUCUGUGUGCUGUCGUGCGUGACAUGUGAUCAAAAUUUAGCUGCCUCUCUGCUUCUAACAAUUAAACAAAUUAAUAUUUUAUGGAAGAGUAUACGAGAAAACUACCAGAAUGAUAAAAAGGAAUCCAAUCAGAGAAAGUACAAAGACCGGAUCGUUGUUAUUGUGUCUCAUCCUCACGGGGGUGGUAAAUGUGUUUCCUUUGAUAACUUAGACGGUAGAGUAUGGAAAUGGAUUUAUAUUGACAACAGGGGCUGGCAUUUAAACUACAAGGCCAGUACCUGUACCGGAAGUAGUGGAGCCCCUGUUUAUCUCUAUGGAAUGGACUGGGACAAAACUGCGUACGCCCACAGCGGAUGUAACGGGGAUUGUAAUUACAGCACAACUUGGUGUCCAAAAUAAAUGUUUCCAAUGCCAAUCGUCUCGUCGGCCUGUUUUCGAAUCAAAAGUUUCGCUAUUUUUGUAAUGGUUUAUAAUAUAAUUGUAAUAACUAUUGUUAUUGUGUAGAACUUUUUCUUUCUUUUCAUUCUUCUUGUUAUUGCCAUACUAAGUUAUAUUCUAAUUGAAGCAAGCAUUUAUGUACAUAUUUAGUGCGCUAUUUAAAAUAAAUAAACAAAAUGGUUCACCAUCUAUAUCAAGAUAUUUGUUCAAGUAUGUAGCGAUGUAAAGCCAGAUAACAGUUAUAUUUACAAAAAUAAACACUAAACACUUAACACUGACCUGCAACUGUAAUAGGCUUUGCUCUUGUAUUUGUAAAAAGCUCUCUGACUUAGAGUAGGAAAAUAAAGUGUUGCAGAAUUGUUAUAAGA